CCUGGUGAGCGCGACUGCGUUAGCACAUUUACCAAUGCACUUCCGGCGCGGAACGCUCUGAGCCCCAGUCCAAAGGCUAAACGUAUGCUAAGGAUCAAUAGUGACGUGUGAAUGUGUCUAGGGAUGUAGGGAAUUUGCGUGGUCGCGGCACUGAGUCCGACCGAUUGCAAGGUUUUUCGAAUUUUUGAAUUGCCACAAAUUAAAGGCUCAUAAGACAAACCCACAAGUGCAUUGCGUACCGAAGUUCCAACAAAAACGGAAGCGAAAUCCAGAACCUCACGAAAACGCUCGCUUCCAUAUUCGCUCGCAAUGGACACUGCCUGUAAAUGAUUUUCUUUCCCCGCACCUAUAAUGGGCACGCCCUAGAACUGGGGAAAACUGUGCAAGACGGGCUUUGGUCUGCACGAGUUCGCGGCUCGCAAAUCGCAUAAUUGAGGAAGUAUGGCAAAACAAUGAAAUUGCGCUCCAGUGAGACCCUGGUGAUCGUUGGGGAUGAGUUCUGCGGUCUGCACGGCGCAGAAUCGCUGGCGCGAGGCGCUUUCUCUCUGUCGGAGGCCCUCGACCUGCUGCUGGCCCCCGCCUCAGACGGCCAGCCGUGGCCGACGUCCGAACUCAGCAGCCGGCACGCCCAGCCGGCCACGUGGGACGCCUGGAGCGGCUCCACGUACUUUGUGUACCGCAACACCGUACUGCGGCUGGCAGGGGAGGAGGUGUCGCUUGUGGCCGGGCAUAAGGACGAGAAGGGGCAGGCGGACGGCAACGGUGAGGAGGCGCGCUUCUCGUGCGAAUGGAUAGGGCAGCUGGCGUCAGCCGGUGACGGCACCCUCUACUAUAUCGACGGCGAGAAGAUUCGCCGUAUCCAGCUGCCGGCGGCCUGGCGGGCAGCAGCACCAGCACCAGGAGCAGGAGCAGCAGCGGGCGGGGCAGAGCCAGGCGCUACAGCGGCGGCAGUUGGCAGCGGCAGAGGGGACGGCAGGGGGGGUGGAGGCAGGGCCGGCGGCGGGGCCAGGCGCCCCCUGGCGGCCGCUUCCGCGGCAGAGGGGCAGGACGCGGCACAGGGCGCAAGGGCGGUGGAAGUGAGCACGCUUCCCUACACGGCGCCAGAGGUGCUGUUCAGCCUGGCUGUCGUCCCUGCAGCUAGCAGCAGCGGUGGCGUUGAAAUCAGCGGCGGCGGCGGCAGUGGUGAGCACAUAACUGCUCAAGUCCGCACUCGAUCGGCGGCAGCAGCAGCCAGUGGCCGGGAUGAGGCCACGUGUGAACCUGGCUCCGGGGCCUGCCUGGUGUUCGGCACCAACACUGCCCUAUACCGACUGCCGCUGCCGCUGCCCGGGGCCGCCGGCGCCGCCGCCGGCCCCGCCGCCGCGGCGACGCUGCGCCCGGAAGUCCUUGCCGGCAUGGAGGGACGCGAGGGUCUCGCGGACGGGCGGGGGCGAGAGGCACGUCUUGGACUCUUCAGCGGCAUCACCGUAGAUGCCGCCAGGAACAUCUACCUCGUGGACAAUUACAUGCGCGGCCGCGUGCGCCGCGUUGCGCCCGACGGCUCCGUUUCGACCUUGGUCACAGACCUGCAGGUUGAAUACUGGUGGCCCGCCAUACUGCCCAACGGAUACCUGGCGCUGGGGUCGUCCAAGGGCAAGGCACGCCUGCUGGACAUGGGGCUGCAGCCGCUACUGCCGCAGCUGCCGGGGCAGGCGGCGGCUGCAGCCGCCGCGGCGGCGGCGGCGGCGGGCGCGGCGGCGGCGGCGCUGCCGCGCAGCCUGCCGUCGGACCUGGGUGCGCUGCUGGAUGCGGACGGCGCAGACGGCACGUCCGACCUCGCCAUCCGCGUGGGCGAGCGCCGCUUCCAGGUGCACUGGGGCAUUCUGUCCGCACGUUGCGACUACUUCAAGCAGCGGCUGGCUGCCGGCGCAUUUGCGGACGCGAACGCGGCUGAGCUCGAUCUGCCGGACGCGGACCCGGACGCCUUCGCGCUGCUGCUGCGCUGGAUGUACACGGGCGCCGCCGACGUCGCGCCGGAGCAGGCGCGCGCCGUGGCUGAGCUGGCGGACCGGCUGCUGCUGCCUGAGCUCUGCGACGCCGCCCUGGGCGUGGUGGCGGCGGCCGUGUCGGGUGCGAACGUGGUGGAUGCGCUGCUGUGGGCCGAGGCUUGCUGCGAGGCGCGCGGGGGCGGCGGCGGCGGCGGCAGUGCCUUUGAGCGGCUGCGGCAGCGGCUCAAGUGCUGGUACGUGGCCAACCACCAGCAGGUGGCGGCGGAGGCGGGCCCCAGCCGCAAGCGGCUGGCGGAGGCGCCCAGCCUCAUGCUGGAGCUGAUGGACGCGGCCCUGCAGGGGGAGCCGCGGCAGGGGGAGCCGCGGCAGCAGGGCCGGCGGGGGCGCAGGCGCGGGUAGGGGCAGGGGUCGGCGGGGCGGGGACGGAGCGGGGCGCCGGGGUGUGAGGUGCUGGAGAUGAAUGGCGGCGCGUGCUGCGUCAGGUACGGAACCAUGCAUGGUAUAAAUCUGCACGUAAUGGAAGGGUGUAUGAGCGAGUUAAUGUGAAUGUCACGUAAUACGGUAGUAGUGUGUACAAUAAAGGUGUCGAUAUAGCAGCGACAGUGCGUAGGCUUUGUUUAGUGCUUGGUCAAACCCCAGCAUAGGGCAGGGAACCUGUUGCAGCACCCCGGCGAUGUACACCAGAUACUGGCCGGGUUAUUCUUCCAGGCUAGAAUGCAGGAUGGCGCCUUUUGACAGGAGGUGUCAUUUUAGGAUUGGUUUUGGCGAGCGAGUGCAUGGCUCGAGUUGCGGCGCCGGUGCGCCCCUUCAUGUUGACUGCUGACUGGCUUCUGGGAGCAUGCGUUAGGGCACAUUGCCGCGACAUGCAUACAUUGAGGUCCGAACUAAAGCUGGAAGCGAACGUAGCUGUUGACGCACUCGCCCGGAGGGCAGGGACAGGGCCUCUGAGGGACAGGUAGACCCUGGGCAGACCGCGAUGACGUAACGAGCCUUAGCUGGCAUGACGAACUGACGGGCGGCUCUCAAACGAGCUGCACCUGCUGCACCCAGUGUAAAUCUGCCAACCG